UCCAUCAGUCAACUCCAGCCAGUGUUGGUGUGUCUGUGCAUUUCCAAUUUUGUACUGUACGUGGAUUGAAUUUAAUCAAAUUAUUUCAUUACAACACUUACUUUUGCAGUAAGUCGGUUCCACCGUAAUUCGUUAUGCUUCUCCUAAUCAACAUUUCAACGUCAUACUUCUGUACCGAACGUGUGCUUGAAUAAUUUCACAAAAGCAAUCGUCAUGGGCUUCCUCGAAGACACACUCAUUAUUUUAGUAACUCAGGCCAUAUUUUUUGUGGGCGGAUGGCUUUUCUUUGUGAAGCAGCUUUUCCGAGACUAUGAAGUUCAUCACCGCCUGGUCCAGCUUAUAUUCUCAAUCACUUUUUCACUGUCAUGUACAAUGUUUGAGCUGAUUAUUUUUGAAAUAGUUGAUGUCUUAAAUUCAAGUUCUCGAUAUUUACAUUGGAAUAUUGGACUUUACAUGAUGCUGUUCAUGGUCAUUGUAAUAAUACCAUUCUACAUUGCAUACUUCAUAAUGAGCAAUGUUCAGUUCGUGAGAUUACAGAUGAUUCGACCUCUGACAUUCCUCAUCUAUUUCUUUUACUUCUACUUGUUCUGGAAAUUGGGCGACCCCUUCCCAAUUCUGAGUCCCAAACAAGGUAUUUUAUCUAUUGAACAGGGAAUCAGUAGAAUUGGGGUCAUCGGAGUAACCGUCAUGGCACUUCUCUCAGGAUUUGGUGCUGUCAACUACCCGUAUACAUCUAUGGCAUACUUCAUAAGGAAUGUCAAGCCAUCGGACAUCCAUUCAAUUGAAAAACGACUCAUGCAAACGAUGGACAUGAUAAUAGUAAAGAAGAAGAGAAUAGCACUAGCAAAGCGUGGAAAUGCUUUGUCCAAUGGUAGUCAGAAUCGAAAUCAACAUGGAUUGUGGGGUAUACUGAGGACUGUCACUAGUUCAGUGAAAGGAUCAUCUGAAAAUAUCAAUCAGCUGAAGCAAGAAGCAGCUGCACUGGAAGAGCUCAGUCGUCAGCUCUUCCUUGAAGCACAUGACACACGUAACAUGAUGGAGCGAGCAGAAUGGGCUAAAACAUGGAGAGGAAAAUACUUUAAUUUCCUCGGCUACUUCUUCUCUCUUUAUUGUCUGUGGAAAAUUUUUAUCUCAACAAUCAAUAUCAUAUUUGACCGUGUUGGAAAAAAAGACCCUGUAACUAGAGGAAUGGAGAUUCUGGUUCACUGGGUUGGGCUGAACAUUGAUGUAACUUUCUGGUCCCAGCAUAUCUCUUUCUUUUUAGUUGGUUGCAUUGUUGUGACAUCCAUCAGAGGUCUUCUCUUAACUCUUACCAAGUUUUUUUAUGCAAUAUCAAGCAGCAAAUCAUCAAAUAUAAUCGUUCUAAUUCUUGCUCAAAUAAUGGGUAUGUAUUUUGUAUCCUCAGUUCUUUUGAUGAGAAUGAACAUGCCACCUGAGUACCGUAUUAUCAUUACCCAGGUCCUGGGAGAGCUUCAGUUCAGCUUUUAUCACCGAUGGUUUGACGUUAUUUUCCUAGUCAGUGCCCUGAGCUCAAUACUUUUUCUAUACCUUGCACACAAACAUGCGCCUGUAGAAGAAAAGCUAAUUGACCAAAGACUCUGAUAAUAUAAGUUCCUGACUGAUUUCCCCAAAGUAAGUUUAACCUCCUCCAUUUUUCUUUGCGUUCUGGUUGUCUGAAACGUGGAGUGAAUGGAAGAUAAAAAAAAGUCGAAGGUAUUGAUUUGGCUUAUUCUCACUUGUUACAAAAACAUUUUAAUCUCACUCUAGAAACUAUAAUUUCUUUUUAGGGGUACGCUUCACUAUACAAAAAUCGUUGCUCUUUAAACUUAAGACUAUUGGAGCCUUGAUCCACAUCUGUCGAGAAAGAGAUGAUGCAACUGAAAACAACCAGUCAAAUCUCCACUUUUCCUCGAGGCACUAUGCAUGAAAUAAUUGCCUCAAAAUAAAAUUGAUAUAGGGAACUGUCGCGUCCUUCUUGCUGAUUUCAGCUCUCACACUGUAUUUGGUCUACUGCCUCCUGAAUUUUAACCAGUUCUUGAGGAUGUCUUCGUUCACCUCAAGAAGUGAUGGUUUGAUGAGGAACUCCAUAACAUUCUGAAUUGCAAAGAGCAAUAGAAAUUCCUUGAUUGGCGAGGAAUUUAGGAGUUGUGGUAAUUAGCACUCGGCUGAAAUUUAGAUUUGAAGCAAUAUGCUAGUACACGACGUCAUGAUAACAUUACUAUCCAACAAAAAUUGUAAUUUCACAUCUACUGACGUAUGAGCAAGUGCUACGCUCCAGCUCUUCUUGUUAUGUAGCUCUCAACUUCACAUUUGUCCUCACUACCUCAACCGCUUUGCGCGUUUUCUCGAUCUUUUCUCGGGUUGGAUAUUCCGUUCAAAACAAGCACUGCUUUGAAGCGUGAUUGACACACCCAUCAUUAUCUUGUCUCUUAGUAUCUCGUUCUGGAGAGUUCUGUAGUCACAAUGAACAAGGAGCCUCUUUAGAUCCGAGCUGAAUUUUUCAAAAGACUUACUCACAUUUUGGCUUCUGUUGUUAAACUUUAGGGGUUCAAUUGCUACAUUUUUUGUGAUUUUGCCCACUCACCAAGCUUUUUGAUCAACUGUUCAGAGUCUUUCGAUUUGUCUAACCCAAGUGCUGUAAUUCUUUGUGGUCCUUUCUUGUAGGGAUCUUAAGGGUGGACUUCCUUAAGAACUCUUUCCACUGAGGAUGUUCAAAUUUUCUGUGAGAGGUGGCUGUUGUGUAAAUUCCUAGAUAAUGAUGGCGAUUUUUUCGAAGAAAUCGAUUUCGGGAAAUCGAUUUGAUUCCAAAAAAAUCGAUUCCAUUUUCAAUCAGAUAAAAAAAUUUAAAAACAAAAACACAAGUAUUACCUCUGUUCUUGGAUAAUUCUUUAUCGAGUAAAGUUUGGUAUAAACUUUUGUGGUGAUUUUAAAAAAGUUGGUAAAGAUUGCUAGUGUCAUAACUUGUUUUCACAAUUUUUGAACACCGCCUACACUUUUUUGAGUUUUUCUCGACAUUAUCAGCAGGUUGAAACUCGCUGUAAAUGAAAGCAUAAAACACUUUUGGCCUUCUAGGGAAGUCGGUUUUUCGCCUGCCCACGUUAACAUUUAUUUACAUAACUACUAUGUAACUGAACUAUAUGAACCAAUUACACAAUAAGGCACACAAUUGAAAAUAGCACGAUAAUGGCACUAAAAAAUGGCAUUUAUUUGAAAAGGUUAUGGUUAAUUGUAGAAUUAAUAAAUUCACGAGUACAUGCAAGCACUUAGCAGCUUGUAGAGAAUCAUAGGAAAUGAAGAGUAGUUGGGAACCAAUCAAGGGAGGAAAUUUUGAUUUUUUUUAAAUCCGAUAACCCACUUUACUUUAUUACUUCUGCUACCUCCUGUUUUUGGGAAAUUUUUUUUAAAGUACUGUCUGCUUAGAAUUACAAAUACUCCAAAAAAAUAUUUUCUUUUCAACAUCGGCUAUUUUCUUGAGCAUUUACUUUCUAUGACGUUUUAAAUAACUCCGGUCUACAACUUUAGAUUUGUCCGUUGCGUUAAUUAAUUUAGCAUCUACUAAAGUUGUCGUGACAAUCAUAGCAGCAGCUCUAGUGGGCACACCAGUUCUCGCAAGAAUUUCAGUCACUGUUGGUAAUUGCAAACGCAUUUGCCCGGAUAAUGAUUUGCACACAUUAGAAUUGAUAUCGAUUUUUUCCUGACGAAGCAUGUCAACUACUGAACUGAUCGAGUUAUCAUCAUCUGUUGAAAAUCCUUGAUGAGACGUUUGUGAGAGCGGUUCUUCAUCUGAAACCUGAAUUUCUGGAUCGGGUUCCUUAUCAAUUUCAGAGUUCCUUGCUUCCAGACUCCUCUGCGAUGAUGCUCUUCUUGCUCUUUUCAACAAAACCCCUGUCUCCUUGAUAUCAACGCCACUGAUUUCCAAAAGCCGCUUAAUCUGUUGUGGCGUAAAGUGGUAAGGGCUCGGACUCCAGGGGCGCUGCCACUGAGGGACCUGGUGUCGUUGGUGAUUCUGCUGUUAACGGUGUAGCAGUGUGUUCCGGAAUCGGGGGUGGGGAGAAUGGCGGAGUCUGUAUGGCCGGUGGAAGUCCAUUGGAAGGUGGCGGAGGUGCGCUGACGGGCGAAUGUAGUGGAGAUAACAGGUCCAGGUCCGGUAGGUCCAAGCCUAGUUCGAGGAACAACUCGGAUGGUGAUUUUCGUUUCCUGGAGGUGUCAGAUGUUGGUUGUGUGGUAGUAGUCCUGGCCGGGGGGUGUGUGGUGCCAGGUAGCAUGGAAUCCUGUGCGUUGGUUUUCUUUGGAAUUCUCCAUGUGGUUGCUAGUUUUCCAGGGGCUGGUGCAGGCGUUUUGGUCCUAGGAGUGUCCAUUGUAGUCUUGGGGGUAGUCUGCUUGGGUUGUGGGUCCAAGGGUGCAUUAUCGGUUUUUCAGGCUUGCGACUUCCAGGGUUUCGGUUGAAGGGCGCUCGACUGUUUGGAACUGGGGGUGGAUUUUGCGCAUGGUGACUUGGCGCACUGAGCUGCCGGAGUGGUGGAGUUGGAAGUACUUUUUACGGCUUGUGAUUUAGGCAUAACCGCACGAGGUGUGUUGGAUUUUUUGGCGCACUGGACUGGUGGGAUUGUAGAGUUGGAGUUAAUUUUCACGGUGGGCGAUUUAGGCAUAACCGCACUAGGGGUGUUAGAUUUUCUUGCGCACUGAACUGCCCGGGUUGUAGAGUCGGAGUUAGUUUUCACGGCUGGUGAUUUGGGCACAACCACACUGGGGGUGGUGGGUUUUGCGGAUGGUGGCUUAGCGCAGUGGGCUGCCGGAGUUCUAGAGGUGGUGAAGGGUGUUGAGAAAAUUAAUAAAUAGACAUUACACGAUAGACUUAUUCGUUUUCUUUAUUCCACAAAACCAAACUAAACCGAACCGGUACAUUUCACGAUAUCCGACAUCUGACGCCAUUAUUACAUGAGUACAUCAUUCCAAUACAAGUAGAGACUUCUUCACACACAUGAAAUAGGUGCUGCUCUCUAGCGUGAAUCAACAUUAUCAAUACGCCUCCUUAAAUUUAUCUUUUACUCUAAGAAGGUACAAAGAUGAAUUUACAAAUAUUUCAAAUACAAAGAAAAAACUUACAUUUAAAUACAAAUUUGUUACAAAAAAGAUUUCAGUUUAUACGCCUCCUCAAAUUUGUGUUUGAAUUUAUGUUAUUUACUUUUAAUGUGUUGGACUUGUUUAACUUGUUUUUUUUUUAAUUUUCUCUCACUUUAAAUUUAAAUUUCGACGAAAUUUUUCAAAUUUAAUUUUGCCAAGUGGCUUCGUAAAUAAAUCAGCAGUGUUCUCAUCUGAAUCAAUGGGAAGAAUAUCAAUUACACCCUUUUUAUAGUUGUCAUUAAUGAAAUGGUAAUGAAUCUCGAUAUGUUUGGAGUUUUUUGUAAAAUUUCCACGCUGAGCUAUGUCUAGGGCUCCUGAAUUGUCUUCAAACACUUUAAUUGGCAUUUUAAUUUCUAUAUUAAAAAAUUUAAUUAAUUCUUUAACAAAUAAUAAUUCUGAAAUGGCUUCCGACAAAGCAACAUAUUCAGCAAAUGUACUACUUUUAGUAACAAUACUUUGUUUCUUUGUUUUCCAAAAUACUAAAUUUCCAAAAAAAUUGAUGAUAAACCCAGAGGUUAGUGUUGGCUUAGGCAGGACCGCACUAGGGGCGGUGGAUUUCGCGCAUGGUGUUGUAGCGCACUGAACUGCCGGGGGUGUAGAGGUGGAGAAAGUUUUGACAACUUGUGAUUUUGGUAUAAGCGCACUAGGGGUGUUGGAGUUUUUGCACGGUGGUGUAGUGCACUGAACGGCUGGGGGUGUAGGACCGGAGCUGGGCUUCACGGUGUCUGGUUUGGGCAUACUUGCACUAGGGGUGGGUGUGGCUGGUGGAAGAUGCGCACUGAGGGUUGAAGGGGCACUGGGGCCUGGGGUGAUGUUUUUGUUUUUUGGGUUUCUAGGGUCAUCACUAGCGAACUGUACGUCGGAAGAAGACACUGGGGAUGAACCUUCACUGAUGGAGAAUAGCUGAGGUGUCCAAGGUCUGAUCGGUGUUCCUGCCAUUUUUUUGCGAUGUUCUUGAGUGAGGAGCGGUUUUUUGUUUUCGGGGGCCAAGGUCCAGGCAUCUUCAAAUGAAGUUAGGAGCGCGUCCAUCGUGCGGUUGAUAUUGAUCUCGACUGAGAGAAGGAUGCACUUUUCGGCUACGAUGAGCUCAGGGCUGCUUGAGAAGAUGCAAUAACUUUGGCGCUCUUGAGACUGAAGUGCGCCACGCGCUGUGGCAUUAGCGAGAUUUGUAUACCGGGAGGUUCAGAGUUCCUGCGGGAGUAGAUGAAAGCUGGGGCUCUUCGAGGAUUUCAUCUUUCGCUUGUGAACUCACAUGGUGAUCUUGAAUGGCAUACAUACUCUCAGUGAUGCGCGUGGCGUGCUGACGCGCCGCCACACUGUUGAUCGAUUAAAAACGACACCUCUUAUUCAGGAACCUCUGAACCUUGUUUACAAGUACAUUUUUUAAUUUGCUGACAAUUGCAAGUGCAAAUAUUCAUUAAUUUCCGCGAAUUUGUUUUAUAAUCGUCAAUUUUCUUUGUAAGUGACACGCCUGUAUGAGGUUUACACGUACUCGUCUUAAUGUCAUUGUACUUUUGAUGAUACCGUAUGAUCGCAGCUUUAACAGCUCUCUCUGUCACGGCUAGUAGGGAUUAAAGCUCUCCUCCUAAUUUCACACAGUUUUUUCGCGAUGGACGAAGCAAUCAUAUGGAUUAUAGGUUUCCGGCCACAAUUUUCGACUCGUAAAAGUUCACGAGUGUAAAAAAAGAACUUCAUCACCUCCUGGUUUGUUGGCAUCAUUGAACCACUUGAGGGCGCGGAAACACCAAAGAAAGGGCACUCAAUUGUGUUUCUCGUCACUUUCUUCAUCAUUUUCGAAUGUUAACUCAACACUCGCGUAUCAUUCAUCAACGGAUCAACAGCCUAAUCAACUAAACCGACUCAAUCAACUAACAACUUAAUCAAAUUGCACAAUAAUUCGACGGGCUCGUUCACUCGAUGUUUGUUGUUCAAACGAUAAGGCAAAACUAAAUCUUGUGACUGAAUACAAGACAAGCGUAGGAACUUCAAAUUUUGGGAUGAGUUUUCACCCUCAGUUGGCAGCCAAUCAGGUGAUAGCAUUCAUCUAGGAAUGACCGAGGUCAGGCGGUGGGUUGUCAAGCUGAAGCGAAUGAGUCUUACGCCGGCGUUAAAACCCGCCCUCGCGCUGACUUCAACGUCAUGCAUUGCGUGCAUCCUCGUGCCCAGCUCCAAAUAGUAUUUCAGCAGCUAAGAACUGUUAAAUUGGUCCGGAGAAAUGAGAACAAAUUAACUAUUUUUGCAAUUGCCUUAAUCCUAGGAUCCUUAAUCCUCCAAGGAAAUUGAAAAAAUAGGCUGAACUCUCCACACUUCAAGCUUUCUUUGUUGAGGAAAGUAUAAAAAUAGGUGAUCUUUAAGGUGAACAUCAGAAUGUUGAAGGAAAGGGUUUGAUUCAUGGAGAAAUCAGUUCUAACCACGAUCAUACAUUCAUUCCCCUCCCUUAUGCGCCCAAUCAGUGGCUAACGGGAGGUAUUCAGCCGCGCGUCGCGCUAGGGGCAAGCGUAGGCGCCGCGUCCUGCAGCGUCGCUGUUUUUUUAUGAUUCGCUCGCCGGUUACUCAUUUAACCACUUAAAAUACGGCAAAAUGCGUAAAAUUAUUGCUCCAAAUGCCAGUAACUCGGGAAAAUCUACGGAAAACUACCUUUUUUCGUCCUUUUAAAUGCAUUUUUAAAAUUUACGCCUAAAUCGCGACGGCGGAGGGGUCUAAAGUUGACUUAGGCGCUUCAAAUUUUGUGUACGUUAUUCUGACAUGGUAAUACAACUUUUUUUCAACAUGAUUUGUUUCCGGAGAAAAAAGUCAUUUUUCGACCCAGCCUAGCGGAAGAAUCAUUUAAGUCGGAGCGCUUUGAGUGAGAAUAUUUAUUUUUCAAGCUGCAUGUGAUAAAUAUUAUUUUGUCAAAAAUUGUCUUCAUCUUAACUAACCACCUGUUAUGCUGAGAAAACCUUUACAUUCACUUUAUUAAUUGAUGAAAUUAUACCCUCUGAACUGAUUUGAAGUUUCGUCCUUUCACUCUUUUUUUCGACAGAAAGUGGAUUAUUUAACAUAGAUUAGUAACUUAUUAUCGUGUGGCUUAUCAGUCAAAGCAGAAGGGAUUAAGUUUCAAGAGUCAACCUGCAGUAGAGCUCUAAUUGACUUUUAAACUCAUUCACUCAUGCUGUCCGAAAAAUCAGUUUCUUAACUAAUUUUCAAAUGGAGGAUGUUGCAUGUAAUUGAACGAAACAAGUGCUUUGGUGCCUAGGAGUUGCAUUUCAUUUCUCAGGAGACUGAUGUAGUUUUAAGCGUUUUUGUGUUCAUCAAAGUUUUUAGUGUAGAUAAGAUUUAGGAAAAAACAAAGAGCAACCAAUUAGGUCAGAUCUUCAAAACUGCCUCGAUUGCUUAUUUUUUACUGGGAACAUGUAUUUUAUGUUUAAACAUCAUACCCACCCUUUUACGUCUAAGAAACUAAUGAAUGUCAUUCAUAGGAACUUAUUUUCCUCUCUCGUGGUUAUGAAGAACAUGCUUUUCAAUCUACAAAGUUGGUUCUUUUUCUGUCAAAAAUUAAAUGAGAGUUGACAUUUUGAGGCACUGUUUUCAGAAUGAAACUAUUGAAAUUAACUGUUUAUUCGUCUAAGUCAUCUCUCCCUCUCAAGGAAAAAUCAACACAUUCUUAUUGUUGAGUUUAGUAUUGAUUGGACGGAUCAAUACAAUACUGCUUGCUGGGAGGGCCCUCAAUUAUCGUGCAGAAUCAGCAUUGCUAUCCAUUUCAUAGAUAGCUAUUGGGAUCAACAUUAUAAUGCAUGUAAUUGUACAUUUUCCUCUCUUUUUUAACAAUUUAAUAAUUCUUGAGGAGCGUCAUAAUAGCCUGUACCUUUUUAGAAUAAAAGAUGUCUAGAUUUCUUUACCUCUUUUGUCUUAAAAUGUAUUUAAAAAUUGACUGUAAUUCGAUUGAAUUAUUAUAAUUUUUGUUAAAUAAUCAUUAUAGAGGUGCAUAUUUGCACUACAGAAGCCAUUCUGCUCCUAUCAGCAAGAUCAGAUUAAUUUCUUUCUUUUUCUUUUUUUACAACUACAACGUUAUUUUCGAUUUCUUAUCAACCAUUGCAUUUGGUUAAGAAUGUAUCGUUUCUGUGAUAAAAAAUUAGUUGUAGUUUUGUUUUGUUACAAACAGAGAUUGGGACAUAAGUAAGAAAGAUAUCCCAGUCGAAGGUUGCCAGUAAAUGUAUAAUUAGUACUUUGGGGUUUUUUUGCUUUCUGUCAUGACGCAAAAUUAUAUUAGUGGUUAAAUAUCUUGAAAUUUUUCCUGUGCAAAAGAAUCUAUAAUUUUGAAGGUUGAGUAGAUUGGUUCAAAUAUAGAGUUUUAGAAUAGUUUUGCUCUAGAAUUCUAAAUUUUGUCGCGGCUAGAUGCUGUUAUGUUCAGGGAGGAGAGACACUAAGUGAAAGGGAAAAUUCCUGGAAGUUUCUUUUUACCCCUCAAAACGUUAGUAAGUUGUGUGUCUCAAGUCACUGAAUCCUUACCUCCUGAAGAAGAAAAUUUCAGUCUACCAUACCUUAGAACUAACCUGAGAAAGUUCAUUGAGUUGCUACUAGUCAAGACUGAUUCUAAGGCAAAUUUUAAAUUCACUAUUUUCAUGGGAAAUGUUUUCUCCUGCUACAGACAAGCCUUAAUUUCAUAGCCACUCUAUUUUUCUCCUUUCAGCUCCUCUAAUGACUCAAGUUAGUCAAUUUUAACUGAUUUCAUUUUUAUCUUCGAGGAAAGCAAAAAAAAAUUCAUUAGUCUUGGAAUGAUUUCCUACUCUCUUGUAUAAGUGAAAUAAUUUAAUAUUGCACUUCUUCAAAAUUAUUGAUUCUCUUGUAUACCUCUAGUUAGGCACCUGUGUUUUUUUUUAUUUUUAAUUUGUGGACAAAUCUUUGUUUAAUUGUGGCUGUAAAUUGUACCGACUGUUGAUAAAGUGUUUUCACAUUGUAUAAAUAAAAUAUUAUUUUUACAAAACAGAA